ACGUCUCUCUCUCUCUCUCUCUCCCCUCACAAGAGUCACGCACGCAGCCAAGCCCCCCAAAUCUCUCCCGACUUCACUCGCGAAACAAAUCCCCAAAUCCCGAUUUCUUCUCUCCAUCUCCAAGUUGCUUCGAUCUCACACUCCAGGAGGCAGCCAUGGCGACGGUGACGACGGGGGUGCUGCUCAAGCUCCUGCAGGCGAUGCACACCGACGAGCGCGUCGCCGGCGAGCACCGCUCCCCGGUGCUCCAGGUCACCGCCGUCGUCCCCGCCCUUACCGCCUCCACCUCCGACUCCCUCCUCGUCCCCUCCAACGGCUUCCUCCUCAACCUCUCCGACGGCCUCCACUCCACCUACGUCCAGCUGCCCCCCGCCGACGCCGACGGCCUCCUCCUCUCCGCGCGCCCCCACCUCGUCGGACACCUCGUCCACCUCGACCGCCUCCGCUUCGCCAGGCCCGUCCCCCGCGCUGUCGGACUCCGCCUAGUGCCCUCCUCUCGCGUCGUACCCUGUGUCGGCAACCCCGAGCCCCUCGUCGCCCGCCCCGCCGCAUGCGCCCGGGGCUACGUCAUCCAGCCCGCCGCGUCUCCCUCCGACGCUGCGCCGCCGCUCAUGCCAUCCGGUUCAAACAUCCAUGAUAAUGAUUCCGUCAAAAGGACGGUCCUUGGGCCCAAGAACGCCGUCUCCGAGGCCGCACCGCCGCCGACCGGCUCGGCCGUCAAGCGGCGGUUCUCGUCCCCGGUGCCAUCCAAGCAUCGAGAUCCGUCGCCUUCCGUGAAAGGCGGCUCACGGGCGUCGUCUCCCUCGGUGAAGGGCGCCUCCCGAGCGUCCUCACCGGCGGUGAGGGGCACACCCAGGACGACGUCGCCGGCUCCAUCCAAGUGCGUAGUGCCGAGCCUUGUUGCGGCCAAGGAGGAGGACCGCAGGAAGGCCAGGGAGCCGGCCAUAGUUGUCCCAUCAAGGUAUCGACAACCUUCACCUGCUGGAGGGAGAAGGGGUGCGGCGUCUCCGGCGGUCGGUGGGAAGCGGGCAUCCCUGUCCCCUAGUUCGCGGCGGCUGUCCGGGGAAGGGAGUAUCAAGAAGAAGGUCGGGGUAUUGGUUGCUGGGAUCUCCAAGAUGACAGAUUUGGGGAACGGGUCGGCCAUGAAGCCAGGAAGGAAGAACUGGGACGAUCCGACAAUGGCCCUUGCGGCAGCGGCUGCCGGUUCCGUUAUGAAAUCCAGGACCAAGGUAGACAAGGAUACUAUUCUGAGGACUCAGGAAGCAAUGUCAAGGCGACUAAGUGACGCUACAACAGAACAAUCCAGUAAUGAUGAUUCCUCUGUUGAUGAGAGGCCGAAGCCUCGUAAGAAGAUAGACUCUACCUCAGUAAAGACGAAAGCCAUAGCUCCAAAAAUUGCACUUCAUGAUCCUAAAUGGACUGAUGGCAGCAUUCCAUUGGAUGCACUCCCUGAUAAACUCUCAAAGAUCGGAAAGGAAGCUAUCGAACGGAGAGAUGCAGCAGCAACUGCAGCAGCUAACGCUCUGCAGGAGGCAUUGAUCACUGAAUCAAUUAUCAGGAAUCUAAGCAAGUUCUCUGACAUUUCCUCAUCGUCAAAGACCUCCAAUCCACUCCCAACAAUCGAUCUUUUCCUUGCUGUCUAUGAAGAUACUCUCAAAUGGAAGACUAUUGCUGAGUCUGUAGUGACCAAUCUAGCAGAUGAGGCAUUCUUGGAGAAAUCAACCAAUCAUUGGGUUGAUGCUGCAUUAGCCACUGAUCUCGAAGUCCUUAAGCUACUGAAUGGUGCCACUGAAUCCAUCUCUCGAACGAAGAGCACCAAUAGGCCAAAGGCGCCUUCUGUGGAACCACCACGAACAAGCCUGUCCAAGAAGCAAUCACAUGGAGCUUGUGCAAAGGUCCAGUCUAAGACCUCACCAAGCUACACAUGGAGUAACACUGAGGGCAUGAAUGAGACAGUUGAUCUUGCUAAGACCUUGUGGCGUGAGAUGCAUAUGUGGUUCCUGAAUUUUGUGGACGAGUCAUUGGAUGUGGGCUUCCACUUUUUUGAAGAUCAGAAUGUUGCAAGUAGGGGAAAGCACAGCAGCCACAUCACGAUGGUUCUGUCACAGUUCAAGAAAAUCAGCGACUGGUUGGAUCGAGUCGUGAAGACUGCAGAAGAGGAGAGAACCAAGGAGAAGAUUGGGUGCUUGAAGCGCAAGAUUUAUGGCUUUGUCAUUAAUCACAUGGGGUCUGCGUUCGAGAGCUCAGUUUCAGUUUUAUCAAGGAGUUGAGCGAUGCUUCAUGCUCUAAACCAGGCUUCUAUUAUCAUUUUUUUUUAUCGAGAUUAAGGUUACCCAAUUCAAUAGUCAAGAGGUGUGUACUACAAUUGUAGUACUGGUGUAGUUUGUUUUUUCUUUCUAAUUUAUGACUUUAGUUUCGCGCUGUGAAUAGGCCUUGUUUUGCGCUUAUGUUCUUAGAAUGCAUUGCGUGUUUAUCAGUUAUGAAGAUAAUCUGGCGUGUUUAUCAGUUAUGAAGAUAAUCUAGCCAUUAUUGUUU